AUGCAAAUAUUUCCCGUUUUGAUUAAAGAAUUCAAAUUUCGACCCUUAUACUUCGCCAUUCCAACCCUCUCAAGAUCGCUCACUUCUGAUGCAAAGCACUCAAAUGCAGUCCCUCGCACUUGCUAUUCAAUCCUCGUUAACUUUCUCUUGAACCGAAAAAUAGAUGAAGCCGAAAGGCUUUUCGGCAAAAUCCCGUCUCCCAGCAUUUACCUGUGCACCAAAAUGAUUGGUGGGUAUGCAGAAAACGGGAGACUGAAUGACGCACUGAAUCUGUUCGAUAGAAUGCCGGUGAAGGACGUAGUCAUGUGGAAUUCCAUUAUCAAAGGGUGCGUAGAAUGCGGGAAUGUGGAGAUGGGCAUGAAGCUGCUCGAUGAAAUGUCUGAGAGAAAUGCUGUUUCGUACACGACUGUGAUCAAUGGGUUGUUGAGGUUUGGGAGGGUCGAGAAGGCGGAAGGUCUGUUUCGGGAGAUGCCAGAGAAGGAUGUAGCAGCCUGGAAUGCAAUGCUGUAUGGGUAUUUUGAGAACGACAGAGUGGAGGAGGCGCUGAGGUUGUUUGAGAUGAUGCCAAGAAGGAAUGUGAUUUCUUGGACAUCCAUGGUUAGCGGACUUGACCAGCAUGGAAUGAGUGAGGAGGCCUUGGUGACCUUUAGGAAGAUGUUGGGGUUUGGAAUUAAACCAAACUCAAAUACUUUUGCAUCUGCUAUAACUGCUUGUGCUACCAUGGAGGAUCUUGUUUUAGGGAGUGAAAUUCAUGGCACCUCCCUGAAGGCUGGUUUUGGUUUUGAUGCAUAUGUUGCUGCUUCACUCAUCACAUUUUAUGCCAAUUGCAUGAAAAUUGAUGAUUCUUGGCGGGUUUUUAACGAAAAAAUGCACAUGAAUGUAGUGGUAUGGACAUCUCUACUAACAGGCUAUGGUUUGAAUCAUAAGCAUGAGGAUGCAUUGACUCUUUUUGCAGAUAUGAUCAGAAUUGGGGUAUGCCCUAACCAGUCUUCCUUCACCAGUGCCUUGAACUCGUCCUCUGAAGUCGAGUCUGUUGAUCUAGGGAAAGAGAUCCAUGGUGUGGCAGUCAAACUAGGUUUCAAUACUGACGCCUAUGUGGGUAACUCCCUAGUCGUGUUGUACUCGAAAUGUGGAAAUAUGGAUGAUGGACUACUUAUAUUCAAGGAAAUAGCAGAAAAGAACACAGUCUCCUGGAACUCGGUUAUAGUUGGAUGUGCACAGCACGGGCAUGGCAAAUGGUCACUUGCAUUAUUUGCCCAAAUGGUAAGAACGGGUGUUGGCAUUGAUGAUAUCACCUUCACCGGGUUGCUUUCUGCCUGUAGCCAUUCUGGUAUGUUGCAUAAAGGAAGAAUGCUAUUUCAUUAUCUUUGUGAGAACAUGUCGAUGCAGAUGAAGAUUGAGCAUUAUGCGUGCAUGGCGGAUAUCUUAUGCCGGGGUGGGAAAUUAGAUGAAGCAGAGAAUUUAGUGAAAACCAUGAUGCCUAUGAAGCCAAAUCUUUCAAUUUGGCUAGCCCUGCUUAGUGGCUGCAGGAAACAUUCUAACAUAGAAAUAGCCGAAAGAGCUGCAGAAAACAUUUUUCGUCUCGAUCCAAACUGCAGUGCAGCUUAUGUUCUGUUGUCCAAUAUGUAUGCUGCUACGAGUAGGUGGAAUGAUGUUGCAAGGAUUAGAGUGAAGAUGAAGAGAAGAGGGAACAUAAAACAACCGGGAUGCAGUUGGGUAAAUCUAAAGGGAACCCGGCAUGAAUUUGUUUCUGGUGACAGGUCCCAUCCUCUGUGUGAUCAGAUAUAUGAAAAACUUGAGUGGUUGGGAAAGAAAUUAAAGGAAAUAGGUUAUGUCUCCGAUCAAAGAUUUGCAUUGCACGACGUCGAGGAUGAACAGAAGGAAGCCAUGUUGUCACAUCAUAGUGAGAGGCUUGCUAUUUGCUUUGCACUAAUUACUACUGUGGAGGGCAGCACCAUUAUAGUUAUGAAGAAUCUAAGAGUUUGUGGAGACUGCCACUCUGCCAUCAAACUUAUAAGCAAAAUCGUUUGCCGUGAGAUUGUAUUGAGAGAUUCAACCCGUUUUCAUCACUUUAGGGAUGGGUUUUGCUCUUGCUCAGAUUAUUGGUAGAAUUGCAAAAGAUGACCUUUUAGCAGAGCCAACUACAUUUCUGCAUCUACCAUGCAUCCUGUUUCCAGGCAAGAUCAUCUGAUACUGUGGGUUUGAAUAGCCUAAUUGGGCGGAGGCCGGUGAAAAGCCAAGCCCAACACCGGUGAGGUUGGGGUGGCCGAGAGAACUGUUGGGUGGAGAUCGGUGAAAGGUCAAGUCUAACACUAUGUCUCUCGAAGCUUUUGACCUAAUGGUAACUGGUAAAUGUUUGAUCCUAAGGACCUAAGCAACCUCAAGCAUCAACAAAGCUCAAGAUUCCAUUGUACUGCCCACAAUUGGAUGGACAUAGAAAUCAACGAAAGCAAAGAAAUAUUUAUUAGCAAUUAGUAUAGUAAAUGGAUGGAGUUUACUGUUUCCUUAUUUGGCUUAGAACUUAGUUCUCUUCAAAAUAGAUAUGGCAGAAAUUAAAUGAGGGAGAUGAAUUUUGAUUAAACAUAUAUACACAUGGUUAUUAAUAACAUUUUAUUGUUAAUAUA